AGCUGUUCCAACAGGCAUUGCUCGUCGGAACUGCUCCAGCGCUCGAUUGAUCCCAUUUCUUAGUGUCAUUGACACACAGUAGCUCCUGCGCCCGAGUCCAACCGAUUUGCUCUGCAAGCCCAAGGACACGCCUCCGUCUGCAGCCCAUUCGAAACCACCAACCCGCUCUUGACAACAAUAUUCAUCAUCGCCGUCCAGAUUGGGGCGUGUCGACAACACAUCCGUUGCCAUGGACUACGAUGCCCUUAAGGAGCAGUGGGGUGAGGUCGAGGAUCGCGAUGGAGUCCGCCUGAGCUGGAAUGUCUUCCCAAGCACUCGCAUGGAAGCGUCGAGAUUGGUCGUGCCCAUUGGCGCCCUCUACACUCCUCUCAAGGAGAAGCCCGACACGCCCUUGCUGCACUUCGAGCCCGUCACUUGCAAGCAGCCAUGCCGCUCAGUUCUGAACCCCUUCUGCCAGGUCGAUGUGCGCGCUCGUCUCUGGAUUUGCCCAUUCUGCCUGUCGAGGAACCCGCUCCCGCCGCACUACAAAGAUAUCACGGCCAAUGCUAUCCCUCCCGAGCUGCACCCCUCCAACACUACCAUUGAGUACAGGCUGUCGCGACCGGCCCCCAGCCCGCCCAUUUUCCUCUAUGUCGUCGACACAUGCCAGGAGGAGGACAGCUUGGCUGCCCUCAAGGACUCGUUGAUCAUGAGCCUCAGCCUUCUGCCCGAGAAUGCCCUGGUCGGUCUGAUCACCUACGGAACCAUGGCCCAGGUGCACGAGAUUGGCUAUACAGAGUGCGCCAAGUCGUACGUCUUCCGGGGCAGCAAGGAGUACACCGCCAAGCAGGUCCAGGAAAUGCUCGGUCUCAUACAGCCCGCCCUGCGCCCGGGUAUGCCUGUUCAGCCGGGCCGGCCCCUGCCAAUGGGGCCCGCCGCCCGCUUCUUACUCCCAGUUGCGCAGGCUGAGUUUCAGCUCACCAAGGCGCUCGAGCAGCUACAGAGAGACCCUUGGCCCGUUUCUAGCGACCGCAGGAACCUGCGCUGCACCGGUGUUGCCCUCUCGGUUGCUGUCGGUCUGCUCGAGACAUCCUUCCAGAACGCCGGUGGGCGCAUCAUGCUCUUUGCUGGCGGUCCUGCUACCGAGGGACCCGGCAUGGUCGUUGGCCCCGAGCUGAGGGAGCCCAUCCGGUCGCAUCACGACAUUGACCGAGACAAUGCCAAAUACUACAAGAAGGCGCUCAAGUUCUACGACACACUUGCCAAGAGGACCGCCCACAACGGCCACACCAUUGACAUCUUCGCCGGCUGUCUUGACCAAGUCGGUCUCCUGGAAAUGAAGGGUCUCUGCAAUUCGACUGGCGGUCACAUGAUCCUCACGGACAGCUUCACAUCGUCCAUGUUCAAGCAGUCGUUUAUCCGUAUCUUUGAAAAGGACGGGGAUGACAACCUCUUGAUGGGCUUCAACGCAGUUUUGGAGGUCCUGACAACCAAAGAGCUCAAGGUCACUGGCCUCAUCGGCCAUGCAGUGUCUUUGAACAAGAAGUCGACUUCGGUUGGAGAGACCGAGUGCGGCAUUGGCAAUACCUGCUCAUGGAAGAUGUGCGGCAUUGACCCCAACGCCAGCUACGGCAUUUACUUCGAAAUUGCUCAGGGAGGCGCUUCACAGCAACAGCAGAGCCCUGGGAAGGGCAUGAUACAAUUCCUCACCUACUACCAACACUCGUCGGGCCAGUUCCACCUCCGCGUUACCACAAUUGCCCGUAAUCUUAGCGGGCCAGUUGGGGAUCCAGCCAUUGCGCAAUCGUUCGAUCAAGAGGCUGCCGCCGUCUUGAUGUCGAGGAUUGCCGUCUUCAAGGCCGAGGUUGAUGAUGGGCCCGAUGUGCUUCGCUGGGUGGAUAGGAUGCUCAUCAGGCUAUGCUCGAGAUUUGCCGACUAUCGCAAGGACGAUCCGUCAUCCUUCCGCCUGGAAAAGAACUUCACCCUCUACCCGCAAUUCAUGUUCCAUCUGCGGAGAAGCCAGUUCCUCCAGGUCUUCAACAACUCUCCGGACGAGACGGCAUUCUAUAGACAUGUGCUCAACCACGAGGAUGUCAGCAACUCGCUCAUCAUGAUCCAGCCCACCCUCGAUUCGUACACGUUCGAUCAGGAGGGCGGGCAGCCGGUGCUCUUGGAUUCCACAUCUAUCCAGCCAACACAUAUUCUCCUCCUCGACACUUUUUUCCACAUCCUCAUCUUUCACGGCGAGACCAUCGCGGAAUGGAGGAAGGCCGGUUACCAAGAACAAGAGGGCUACGAGAACUUUGCAGCCCUUUUGGAGCAGCCCAAGGAGGAUGCCAGGGAUCUUAUCACUGACCGCUUCCCGCUUCCCCGGUUCAUUGUCUGCGACCAGGGCGGUUCACAAGCGCGCUUCCUGCUUUCCAAGCUUAACCCCUCAACCACACAUACGUCGGGCGCCGGAGCAUACGGCGGCGUUGGGGCACAAAGUGCUCAGACAAUUUUCACGGAUGAUGUGUCGCUCCAGACAUUUAUGGAGCAUCUGAUGAAGCUGGCGGUUAGUGGCACCAACUAGAUGGCUUUGGACCGGAUGAGGACUGGGUGGCGGAGGAUGAGCCUGACCGGCUGGUUGAGUGACAGGCAGCGUAGGAGGACGGCGUGAUGGCGGCUGUAGGCAUUUUUAGAGAAGGCUUAGUGUGAUUGUCCAGCGUCGG